AGUCCCAUUGAUCACGGAUCGGAAUAUAGGAACGGAUUCUGCUAGGGAAUUUUUGAUCCUGCUAUUCUUUCCGACCGGAACGCGUAAAUUUCCGUAUAUUUUCUCAAUUCCGAACGGAUCCGAAGGGGUGGGGGUUCUGUCCGCGCAAGUUUUAAAACGCCGUACGCCGUUGUAUUGAAAUAACAUCAUCAGAGUGUCUGAUUUUGUUUCGAAUCGUUCCAAUUUACGUGGUGUGCGUGCUGUGCAUCUCGACCAGGCUUUCGCACAACAGGCUGAAAUGAGUAGCAACAAUCAUGGAAAAGGGCCGGUAAUAAUACUUUUAAAUAGACUAGCUAUAUGUACUACGUUUACACGAACGAUAUUUCUGUAGUACUUACUCAAAUUAUCGCAAGUUACGAUAAUUUGAGUAAGUUACUACAGAAAUGAACGCUCGCGUUAAUUAUUAUUAUUCAGAACAUCACAGAAUUAUGUUCGCUUAUUAAUAGGUUAUAGGUUAUAGGUUAUAUUAUUAUAGUUUUGUUUGUUUACCAAAGGAAACUUGAAAUUGACAUCACUAUUGAAAAAAUCUACGUGGAAAACCACGUCGACAAACCACAUGACAGCAAUCUUUCUUCUAUAUAUUAAUUAAACAUUAUUUGAACGCAAAUAUGUGGAUUUUUUCACAAUAUGUGGUUUCAUUACAUCGUUUUUCCAUAUGGUUUUCACCGCAUGGUUUUCAGCACGUGGAUUUGCCGAUUUGCGUGAAUUUUUUCAAUACGAACAACAUACCCUGAUAGCACAACAAGUCUCAGUUAUGUCUCAGUUACGUUGCAGUUAUGUUGCAAAGACAUUGAAACGUCUUUGCAACAUAACUGCAACAUAACCGAGACUUAUGUGCUAUCAGGGUAUUAAAUAUUAUGCGAUUCAUGUUACAUGUGUUCAUAUUUGCAGGCUGUAAAAUGCGGUUACUGUGGGAUGGCUAAUGCAUGGGUCCUGUGCAGAGAUUGUAGCCCAUAACUGCUUCGAAAGCUAUGAUGAAAAUAUCCAUAUCCUCGUUGUCGACGAGAAGGGGCGUGCUACAAUGAGUGUGAAGGAAGUAGAAGAAGGUACGCAGAGAGACGCACAACCAUCAGAGAGUAGCAAUGAGUCUACUCCGUACUCCGCAGACAUCAUGGACGAGAUGCUCAUUGAUGCCGUAGAGCAGAGACCAGCUCUAUGGAAUCAAAAGUUGCCAGUUAAAAAGAUGCAGUGGACAGUUUCCUGGAGCAGCUGGGAGAUAUCCUGCGUAAGUUGAGCUAUCUCCGAAGAAGGCAAGUGCAAGUAGAGCUGCUGCAUCUCGUUCACAAGGCAGAAGACGAAGAAUUAGCGGAGGCGGAACUUCAAAGACGAUAAAUUUUUUGCAUUAUCUCUCGUUACCUUUAUCUUUAUACCAAUACAUUAUACUUUAUACCAUUACAUAAUAAAUAAAUAAAUCAUUUAUUUCUAUUUCAAUAAAA